GUGUCGCGGCGAUCAAAUCAAAAUGGCCACGUGCGACCGGAGCAGAGCUAUGCUAAGGCUCGUGGUGCUCUUUGUCGUUCUGGGCCACGUCUCGCUGGUCGACAGGUCCAACUUCAAAUCGUGCAACGACAGCGGUUUCUGCAAACGUAACCGUAAUACCAAGCCCGGUGAGUCGCCAUACAAUGUCGAGUUGUCCACAGUCAAGUCAACAUCGUCAAGUCGAGUGGAGGCUGACGUGAUCAACUCAAAGAAUGGGGUGGCGCUGCGAUUGGAGCUGGUUGCGCUCGAAGAAGGUGUCCUUCGAAUGAGACUCAACGAGAAAGAAUCUGCUGUCGCACGUUUUGAGCCGAAGGAGGCACUCCUUGAUACCAUUAAGGAGUCUGACCUCCAUUUGGAGAACAAGGAUGACAGCUCCUUUACGGUAACCUUUGGGAAGCACCGUGCCAUAGUGCGCGCCAGUCCACUGGUGGUCGAGGUCUACUCCAACGGGCAGCUUGUUCUGGUGGCUAAUGCCCGUGGGCUUCUGCGUUUCGAGCACUACCGGCCACGAGGAAGCUCAAAUGAUGCUGGAGACCCUGCUGGAGACAACCAAAAUGAGGAAUCUGAGCCUGCUGAGAAGGAGGACAGCCCCAAAGUUGAUGAUGACAUGGACGGUGCCUGGGAGGAGACAUUCAAGGGACAUACAGAUUCUAAAAAGCACGGUCCCAUGUCUGUCGGUCUCGACUUCACGUUCGAGGGCUUUGACCACGUCUAUGGGCUCCCCGAGCAUGCUGACUCCUUUGCCCUUCGUCCCACAGUUGGCUCGUCGGACCCUGUACGGAUGUACAACCUGGAUGUCUUUGAGUAUGAAGUGGACAACGUCAUGGCUCUCUACGGCUGCGUGCCCCUAAUGCUGGCUCACAGCGAAACGAGGACUGUGGGAGUGCUGUGGUUGAAUGCAGCGGAGACAUGGGUGGACAUUGAGCCAAACUCCAAGCAGGGUGUGCUGUCAUCAGUCGUGGACUUCGUGAAGCGCAGCCCGCCCCCCAAUCACCGGGAGACUCACUGGUUCUCGGAGAAUGGCCUCAUCGAUACGUUCUUCUUGCUGGGCCCAGGGCCUAAGGAUGUCAUGCGUCAGUACAAGUCCCUGACUGGAUCAACACCACUGCCACCGAUGUUCUCAGUGGCGUACCACCAGAGCCGAUGGAACUACAAUGACCAAGACGAUGUCCGCAGCGUGGAUGCUGGUUUUGACGAGCACAACAUUCCCUACGACGCACUGUGGCUGGACAUUGAACACACUGAUGGCAAGAAGUAUUUCACAUGGGAUCCAUUCAAGUUCUCCCAGCCGGAGCAGAUGAUCCGCAAUCUCACGGCAAAGGGCCGCCGCAUGAUCACCAUAAUCGACCCGCACAUCAAGCGCGAGUCUGGCUACCACAUCCACUCAGAGGCCACUGACCGGGGCUACUACGUCAAGAACAAGGAUGGCGGCGACUUUGAGGGCUGGUGCUGGCCAGGCUCUUCGUCUUACCUCGACUUUCUCAACCCUGAGGUGCGACAGUGGUGGGCCACCAAGUUUGAACUUGACCAGUACAAGGGUUCCACGGAGCACCUGUUCACAUGGAACGACAUGAACGAGCCAUCAGUGUUCAACGGACCCGAGGUGACCAUGCACAAGGAUUGUAUACACACAGGCGGAUGGGAGCACCGUGACAUUCACAACAUGUACGGCAUGUUUCUGCCAAUGUCUACCUACAUGGGCCACCUGCUACGUUCAGGCCACAAGCUGAGGCCAUUCAUUCUUUCAAGAUCGUUCUUUGUGGGAUCACAGCGUUAUGGUGCUGUGUGGACAGGUGACAAUGAUGCCGAUUGGAAGCACCUUCGCAUCACCGUGCCCAUGUUGCUCUCCCUGAGUGUGGCUGGAAUCUCGUUUUGUGGCGCCGAUGUUGGUGGCUUCUUUAGAAACCCCGACAGUGAGCUCUCUGUUCGUUGGUACCAGGCGGGUGCCUACCAGCCGUUCUUCCGUGCACACUCUCACAUUCACACCAAGCGACGAGAACCAUGGAGCUUCGGGCCAGAAACCCUGGAGCUAGUACGGGGUGCAUUGUACCAACGCUACGCCCUGCUGCCCCUCUGGUACACCCUGUUCUUUGAGAAUGAGCGCACCGGUGUGCCUCCCAUGCGGCCUAUCUGGAUGGAGUUUCCUCUGGACAAGGCGGGCUUUGCAGUUGAUGACGAGCAUCUUGUCGGAAAUGCGCUGCUGGUUCAUCCCGUUACUGAGGCUGGGGCAACCAGGGUCAGCGUCUACUUUCCUGGCGAGUAUGAGGUCUGGUAUGAUGUGGAAACUUGGGAGAAGUUCGAUGGCCUGAGUACAGUUUCCAUCCCUGUUACUUUGAGCAAGAUUCCCGUAUUCCAAAGAGGUGGCACCAUCGUCCAAAAGGAGCGCAUGCGUCGGUGUUCUGCGUUGACAAAAGACGACCCUUACACUCUGCAAGUGGCACUUCCAAAAGAGGGCAAACCUGCAGAGGGAACGCUGUACAUUGAUGAUGGUGCAACCUUCGAUUACAAGAAGGGAGACCUGCUGUACCUGAAGUUCAAGUUUGUAGACAACACAUUGACAUCAGAAAUCUUGGAGGGCCCAGGAAACUUCAAGACGAAGGCUUGGCUAGAACGUGUGGUGAUAGCUGGCUAUCCCACGCGACUUGAUGUUCAGCUCGUUACAAGCAAAGGAACUCAGAGUCUGCAGUUUACUUAUGAAGAGAAGGAGCAGCUUCUCAGGGUGCGCAAGCCGGGAGUCAACAUUGCCGAGAAGUGGACGCUCAAGAUUCUUUCUUAGCCUUCAAAGCACUCGUGUGUGGUGUGCAGUGGAAGCACCCUCCACACUUUCCUCAUUGGCGGAACACCUCGUCUUUGAAGAAACGGCAGUUUCAUUUUCUUCCUUCUCUCCCUGUGAACAUGCUUACUUGCCCCUCACGUUAUUUUUUAAAGAAGAAAGAUCAACAUUUCAGCGUUAUACGCCACCAUUCCUUUUCGCGUGUAUUUUAAGAAAGGGUAAACCCAGUCGGGUAAGGGGUUAUACCUUGUGAACGCAAGAACACACUCUUACAUACACUUACACUGGCCCCUAUUGUAAAUAACCACAGAUGUUACAAGGAAGUUAGGUUCUAGUACCUGGCUUUUAGUUUCUCGGUGACGAAUGCAGAGUGAAUGAUGUACGCACACACACACAUGCAUAUAUAUAUGUAUACUGGUAUUGUGAGUGGCUUUUUACAGCACUGCACUGUGUGAGGCCAGAUUGCUGUGGCUGCCUUUUUUUUCUUUUUUGUUGACUUUUUUUUUUGUAGACACGAGUUCUGGUUCCUGCCUUUACGCUGUGCGUCUUGAAACUUAGUUUUUAAAAUUUCAAUAAACAUGUUUUUUGCAAUCGC